GACAAAAACGGCACCCCGGACCUUUUGUAGCCGUCCGUCGUCCGUCCGGUACGCGGUCGUAUAGCUGUGAUGCUGUCAAAUAGCCGAUUGUGACCAGAGGUGACAGAUCCCCCGCUGGUGCUUGGUGCAGUGACAGCCUCGGUUACGGUUUGCCCCUUUUUUAUCAACUCAGAAGCACGCAAGGUUUUUCUGUUGUCGGUCGGGGUUUCUCUGGUUUGGGCUGUUGCUGCUGCUGAGUAUCGCCUGCACUGCCGCGCUACUCCUCCUCCUUCUCCAUCCGCACGCACGAUGCCGCGGAAAAACAAACCGAUUAUCAAGCUGAAGCUGGACGGUGACACCGGUGGCGGUAGCACCGUGCCGGACAGUGCCGAGGGUGCGACACCGCGCAACCUGGACAAGCGCGGUACGCUGACGGUGGGCGAACGAUCGUUCGUGGUCGAGGCGGAUCAUCUGCGCAAGCUGGCCGAUCUGGGCCGGGGCGCGUACGGUAUCGUGGAGAAGAUGCUGCACCAACCGUCCGGCACGGUGAUGGCGGUCAAGCGCAUUACCGUCACGAGCGGGAUGGGUGCGGGCGGUGGCCUUGGCGGUGGUGGCGUACAGUCGCAGGAGCAGAAACGGCUGCUGAUGGAUCUGGACGUGUCGAUGCGGGCGAGCGACUGCCGGCACACGGUACAGUUUUACGGUGCCCUGUUCCGCGAGGGCGACGUGUGGAUCUGCAUGGAGGUGAUGGACACGAGCGUGGACAAGUUCUAUCCGGUGGUGUACAAGCGCCCGGGGCGCACCAUCCCCGAGCGCAUACUGGGCCGGAUUGCGCUGGCGAUCGUGCGCGCCCUGCACUACCUGCACACCGAGCUGCGCGUCAUCCACCGGGACGUGAAGCCGUCGAACGUGCUGAUGAAUCGGCGCGGCGAGGUGAAGAUGUGCGAUUUCGGUAUAUCGGGUUAUCUGGUGGAUUCGGUAGCGAAAACGAUCGAUGCCGGCUGCAAACCGUACAUGGCACCGGAACGUAUCGAUCCGAGCUCGUGCAGCCGGACGGCAGGCUACGACAUCAAGUCGGACGUAUGGUCGCUCGGCAUCACGAUGGUGGAGAUCGCCACCGGCCGCUUCCCUUACGCAACCUGGCGGACCCCGUUCGAGCAGCUGAAGCAGGUGGUGAACGAUGAACCGCCCCGGCUGCCCAAAUCCGCGGCCCCCGACUCGGAAGAGUUCAGUGCGGAGUUUCACGCGUUCACCGCCAGCUGCCUGCAGAAAAAGUUCCAGCAGCGGGGCAACUACGAGCAGCUGCUGGCGAUGGAAUUUCUUCAGCGAUACGGGGCCGGCGACGUCCAGGCCGACACCAGUGAUAUGGCGGAGUACGUCUGUGCGAUACUGGACGAGCGGGAUGGUGUGCCGGCGGCCGAGGACGGUGGCGGGGAGCUGGCCAAUUGACUUAGAUGUAAAUAACACCGUUUGAUUGUUUAUUAUUAUAUAUAUUUUUUGAAUUUAUCAGUUAGGGAAAAAAUGCAUUGUUUACCAAACGAAAACAACAAAAAAAAAAACAAACAAAUGGUACAUGCAUAUAAGAAAACAAAGCAAAAACAAAACACAAAAAAUAUAAAACUAUAAAAACCAAUAACAAAAAAAAAUUAUCUGUAACUAUGCCGCCGUACCGAGACAAGCGUACGGUUCGUUUACAAAACUCGAUCAAACAGUCGCCUCAAAACGUGGGCGAGGGUGGUGUUCUAUUGUUACUUAAUUUAAAAAAAAUACACAGAACCCUUUCAUAAUAACAAGAAAUAAACUUGGUGGCUGACGAGGAUAAAAAAGCACAACCACAAGCCACGACUAC